AUGAUUGCUCAUAACUUAAUCAUGAGUCAUGAGCUUAUCAAAGGCUAUGGGAGAACUGGUAUUUCAACGAAAUUCAUGCUCAAAAUUUAUAUGCAAAAAGCAUAUGAUUCAGUGGAGUGGCCCUAUCUGCAACAAAUACCACAACUACUGGGAAUUCCUAGAAUUUUUGUAGCAUGUAAUAUGGAGUGCAUCACAAAAGUGUCUUAUUCCAUUCUUAUUAAUGAAGCUCAUUCCGCUUCAUUUCCUGCAAAGAAAGGAUUAAGGCAAGGAGACCCUAUCCUCCACUAUUUGUUUGUACGAGCCAUGGAAUACCUCUGCAGGCUUGUUCAGGGGUUGCAAGAAGAUGUACUGUUCAAAUUUCAUCCUAGAUGUUCAAAACAAAAAAUCACCCAGCUUAGCUUUGCUGAUGAUCUACUAUUAUUUUGCAAUGGGAAUGUGGAUUUAGUUGAUAGAUUAUUUAGCAAGUUCAAUACCUUUUCUCGAGCUUUUGGACUUGUAGCAAAUCCUACUAAAAGUUCUACAUAUUUUGGUGGAGUGUCGGAAGAGGUGCAACAACAGAUACUAAGGAUAUUGGGAUUUGAAAAAGGUACCCUCCCAUUUAGAUAUCUUGGGGUUACCCUGAGUUUGAAGAGGCGGUCAGUUGUACAGUGUGAGCGACUAAUUGAAAAAAUGAUAGGGCGAGUUGGGGUCAAGCAGGCAGAUGAUGAGACUAUUCCUGCCACUACUGCAGAGAAUGAUGUGCAUGAUCUCCCUUCCACUUUAUCUGUUCAUGCUGCGAGCACACCUCGUGCUCCUACCCCUUAUGGAUAUGCUUUGUUACCACUUGCUCGAGUCCAGAAGUUGGAGACUCAGAUGGCCAUUUUUCUACAACAUAUGAGGCCUUGGAUGAAGAAGUCUGUUGAGAAGUAG